UUCAUGCUCCUGAGAUUAUAGUUGACAAGGACAUUUUUCCUCCUCCUGCUCCUUCCGAAGAUGAUCCUCAUGCUCCUUUCUGUGCUGGAGGAGUGGUGCUGGCUUCUCGUGAUGGGAAAAUCGUGUGUGAAAACACUCUUGAUGCGAGGUUGGAGGUCGCUUUCCGCAAGAAACUCCCUGAGAUUCGAAAGGCGCUCUUUGGCCAGGUUGGGGCAGCUUGAUUGAUGAUGAGUGACUCCAACUUUGAACCAUGAGAGCAGGUAAUGGCUCCAUUAUCUACCAUCCAUUCUUUCUAUUACCAAUUUUAAACUCUGUGUUAUAUGUUAAUGGGCCUUUGCUUUUUGUCAAUGGACCUUGGCCUACCUUGGCCUUUGUGUGGUGAUGUUAUAAAUAAAUACUUUGUUGAAUGUA